AGCCGCCUCGGAACUUUGCGACCAGUGUCCAUAUAAAAGAGGGGGGCGGGUCAUGGGCGAGCUGAUAUUCCACAUCAACUUCAAGUCCUAACAGCCAGCCGCUUCUUACGGUUCUCAAACGGUUCGCGUUUUCCUUUUUUUUUCAAUCGUCAUAUGAAUGUCUCAUGGGCGUUAUCCAAAUAUUUUUUUAAGACAACGCUUACAAGAGAAAGAGAGUGUCUUGCCAACGAAAAAAUAAGUGAAGGGCCAGCUUUUUGUCUGAGAGGAAAAGGAGACACCAAUCUGGCAAACCUUGUAGGAACCAAGCUGUGUCCACAUCAACAACAUUUCCUGAAUUUGUCAUAAACUCUCAGAAAACCUGGACAAUAUACUAGCUGCCAAAGUGAGAACAAUAAUAUUAGAUUUCGUGAACUGUCAGAAACCAAUACUGAGAGAGUUUAGGUUGACAAAAAGAUAGUGCUGCACCACUAAACAUCGAAAAAGGCACUCGUUUUCAGUGUUUCUACGAGCGAACUGAGAACCUUUGUUGUCCCAGGGUGCGAAUAGAGAACGUUUGUUGCCAAAAUGGGUAUUCGUUUGAGAGGUAUCAAGUUCGGCAGUAUCAUCCUGAUUCUUCAGGUGGUCUUCAUCAUCCUCAUCGGGGUCCUGGCAGACUACCACUCCACAGACCACAUCCAGACCUCCUCCUACCCCUACCCCAACUUCCAGGAUGUGAACGUCAUGAUCUUCAUCGGCUUCGGUUUCCUAAUGACCUUCCUCAAGAACUACGGCUUCAGCUCUGUGGGCGUGAACCUGCUCAUCGCUGUCGUGUGUAUCCAGUGGUCCUUCAUCGUGAGGGGCUUUAUCCACGCUGACGUGCUGGGAGGGGACGGGUUCAAGCUGGGGGUGCCUGAGCACUGUGUUUCUCUGGAUCUACUGGCCUUCCUUCAACGGCGGUUUCGACCCUGUCUACAAAGAGCGCGCCUACCUUAACACUUUCCUGUCUCUGUGCGCGUGCACCGCCGUCACGUUCGCUGUGUCGGCAAUGCUGGACAAGCGCGGACGAUUCGAUAUGGUUCAUAUCCAAAACUCCACCCUGGCAGGGGGCGUGGCUGUAGGGGCGUCUGCCAACAUGCCCAUGAAACCUUUCGGCUCCAUGAUCUUCGGCGCUGUGGCGGGCCUGAUAAGUGUCCUGGGCUACAAGUUUCUGUCUGCUUCAUCAUGAAGCUGCCCAUCUGGGACGCCCCUAAGGAGGACAGCCUGUUCGAUGACGUGGACAACUGGGAGCUGCCAGAAGAGGGCGUGCCAGGAGCUGUGAGGCCCAACCACUACAAGGUUUCCGAGGGGAACCCAGAAUCGCCCAUCCGGGAAAAACUACUAUCUACCACUACCACACCAGGGGCGACAACUCUCACACAGUAACACCCACGUCUACAGAAAAAAAGGAGACCGUCAGAGAUGAUGUCACUGUCACUGUCAGCACUCGCCUACCUACUAAUAAAUAACGUCACUGCACCUCUUAUUUCUAAACGUAAAUUGUAUACAGCGUGGAGAUGUCUAAGACAGCCACCCAUUCUCCGGCAGAAUAGUGGUUGUCUUUGUCUUAGACAGGUGGGCGUCUUGCACAGCGACAUUAUAAAAAUGUAACAGGCUACGUAAUGUAAAAAGAAUCGCAAAGUGGGAAAUGGGAUGGUCGUUUGUGCAGGUGUAACUGUACUUUAAAAAAAAUUACUUUCGAGACCCAUUAGCUCUUGAAUGAAA